AUGGUAGAAAGCGAAGAACAAGAUUCGAGAGGGUUGCGAGCUGUCGUUCUACACACAGCUUUUUUUACCAUCAUGAUGGUCCUAUCUCUGGCUGGAAACGUCUUGAUUUGUUUGGCUUUCUACAGAAACAAGAGUCUACGAACUAUCACUAAUUUCUACGUUUUGUCCCUGGCGGUGGUAGAUCUCAUGGUGGCAGUUUUUGUGUUUCCCUCUGUGACCGCAGCUUCUGGUUUACGAAAAUGGCCCUUUAGUCACGAAUUUUGCCAGUUUACUGGUUUUCUUACAAAUUACUGGGUUUUUGUGUCCCUCAGUAUCUUGGCUCUUACAGCAAUUAAUCGAUAUGUUUGCGUUGUAAAACCACAACAUUACUCGUUCUUCUUCUCUAAAAAGAAAACUAUGAUCUCGAUUUGUUUCGUGUGGAUUUUCAUGUUUGUUUUCUACCUCGUGUUCAUUGUUGCAUUGCAAGCUACUUUCGAAUGGCAGCCAAACGCCCUUCACUGCAGAGUGACCUUCCCCGAUGAAAAUACUACGAAGGUUGUCUACAUUGGUUUUGGAAUAUGCACUUCUCUAUCGAUGUUGUUCGUGUUAUUUGGUUAUUGCGGAGUCUACCGUGUCAUCUGGCGACACAAAAAUGCGGUCGUUCCUUUCAUACAUGAAGGAAACAACCAAGGCGUAUCACGAGCACAGGAAAUAAAAACCUCUCGGGUUCUUUUCGUCGCCGUAUUCGGAUUUUGUGUCUCUUGGAUGCCCGGGAUUGCCAUGAAAGCUGUCGAGUUUGGCUUGAAGACAUCGGUUCCUUCCUACUUACAAUCGAUGCCCAUGCUGUUUUCUUGCAUCUCUGCUUGGAUCAACCCGAUAAUUUAUGGGGUUAUGAAUCGAGCGAUGCAAAGGGAGUUUGAAAACAUUUUGCUG